AGCAUCAAGGUGCCCCACACGGAAUUCCCAACUUAUUAUGUAACCCGAGAAUAAAAGCCGCCCAUCACUGUGCAAAAGGGGGGCCGGUUCCAGACGGUUCCAGACGGCGCCAGCACGACUCGGUGACGGUCCCACUGGCUGCCAACACAUUGCUGGCCGCUGCUUGUAUUUCCUAACGAUCUGGAGAUGGACUUCGUUCUGCCCGCCACUCUACCCGCUACUGGGAUCUCCUGGGAGAAGUUUCUGCCUCCUCUCAUACCGCAGUUAAACGGGAUCUAUGGACAAGCAUCGGAGUUGGGUCUCCGUCUUCCAGAAGCCCGGCAGUCACCCAGUUCCACACAGGUGAACUGCGACCCCAGCGGCUUCACGGUACACGUGGACGUGAAGCUCUUCAGCCCGGAGGACCUUCUGGUCAAGGUCCGCGGGGACUUCGUGGAGGUCCAGGGGAAGCACGAAGAGAAGAAGAAGGACGGAUCAGGCACCAUGACCCGACAGUUCAGUCGCCGCUACCGCAUCCCAGAGGGAGUGGACACCAUGGCGCUGGAGUCCGCCGUUUCCCCUGAGGGCAUCCUCAUCAUCUUCGCUCCGAUGCUCCCGAUACAACCCAUACAGAGCUAGAGGGGUGUUGACGCUAUGCACCAAGACACAUCCCUUUUGCUAUGUUUUUCAAUAAUGUGAUGGCAUAUGUUUGGAUUUCACACGCGCAAAUAGUCCUAGGUUGCCAUGACCCAGAACACGGUACACAGAACAGAGCAGCAUGUUCCUGGCACUGCUCAGAUAUUCCCACUCUCUGACAUGUGUAUAUACUAGCCAGCGGAUAUUUAUGUCAAUGUUAUAAAAAAAAGUCAUUGUAAAUAUAAUGUAUUCAGAACUAACAACAAAUUGGUUUUGCCGAGACAAUCUAUGCAAUAUAUUGUAGACAAUAUGGAGAAAAAAAAAGAGAUCUUUCAAAAGUUAAUGUUUUAAUUUAUAUUUGUCACAGCAUCUUUAUAAAUACAUGAUACAAAUGCACUCUUUAUGUAUAAAAUUAAAAAACAAAACUAUU